AGGAUUGGCUCCUCAGUCACUCGGCUGAAUUGGAACGGUUCGCUUCGCGUCCGGAGUCUCGUCGUUCGUUUGUUCGUUCGUUCGUUUUAUCGUUGCAUCGUUCGUUCGUCGUGGUGGCGCAUCUUGCGAGCCACCUGUCGAUAUCGUUUCGGAAAAUUCUGGUUGUCGGUUAGCUUGCGUGUGAGUGCGCGCGUAUGAAGAGGAGCUUGCUCGGAUGGAAAGAAAAGGGACCUCAUGCUAGGAGAGCGGGGACGUGCAGGGAGUGAAUAAAGGAACAGCCAGUGGAACGUGAAGUUAAUUUGGUCCCGGGUGAAGACGAUCGGUAGAAGAAACCGAACGGAGGGGACCUCUGGGAGAGCUCUUGUGGUCUCAGGGUGUUGGUUGCAGAGCAAGGUGGCAAGCUGGAUCAAGUAGAGAGGAAAGUCAAAAAAGCAAGUGCACCCUGCCAAAGGAAGCCUGACGAAUAAUAAUUUGGGAGUUUUCUUUUGAGUGUUGUUUCGUACCGCGAGGUGAUCGGUUCGGUUGCAAACAGGAUGUACAAAGUACCCUCCAAGGAAUUACCACCGAUCGUUACGAUGUGAUAUUUUGUGAUUGAAGAAAAAAUAAUCUGUUAUACAUAAUCGUUAUAAGUGCCCAAUGAAAAUACGAUCACACGAGUAACCUGUUCAACAAGCAUACCCAAUUACCUGAAUUUGGAUAGUUCCUGCGAUAGUAAACGUGAGAGUCAGUGUUAAUAAUUCAAAUGUAAAGAAGCCUUUUACGUGACCAAAAAAAAAAUCAUCGAAAAAUCAGUGCAUUCAAAUCCAAAGUUUCGUUUUCGAAGAAAGUCUGAAUUCUGUGAACCAAAAGCAGUGAACGAAUCAGCGGUGAGUUCUCAACGCAAAACCCGACAGAGUGCAGCACGAUUACAUUGGCAAAUCCACGGAACAAUAGCAAUCGUGUGAACCCGAUUGUCUGUCUCCAUUGUUUCCGCUACUUGGUGAGAAUUUGCAGUCGGUGUGAGUGAAACGCGAAUGACGCAGAAAAUCAGUGCAGAAAACCACGAAUGAAAUUUUCAUUCAGCAGCGUUGCGGGAAGAGCUUUUGAAAGCGUUAUGUGUGAUAUCCUGCUGUGAAGUGAUUUACGGUACUCAACACGAAUGAGGGCAGUAUUAGCAGCAGCAGCAGCAGCAUCAGCAGUAUUGAGUGUCGAUAUUUGAGGAAUGAUUGAAUGAUUGCUGGAAAGUGUGUUUACAUUGUGAAUGUGAUACAGAGCCUGGAGUUGCAAUAACAUCAGUUCAUUUUUCCGAAAAUUUGUGAAAUUUGUGAUCGAGAUCAGUGAUUUAAAUCACAUCGAAGAAAGCGUGAUACUACAUUUAGUGAGAAGGGAGAAAUAGUUACAAACCAUCAGGAUAACUUUUGUGAAAACAAAUUAGUGUGAAUUGGAAUGGGUAACUGAUCGCCCGUUACAUCGCCGCCCGUACAACGUGCCCAAAGUUGGGCCUCAACCUCAGCUCCCGCAGGACCGUCGAGCGCCGAUGAUUGGUACCAUAAAGAAUGACUCCGCUUAUCCACUCAAUUACGCUAAUAGUGAUAACAGGGCUGUUUGUUGGCAGCACCAGUAGUCAGCAGCAAAAAUUUCGGAUACUGCCGAAGGACCUCCAGGUGCUGGAAGGGUCCGAAGCGUUGCUCAAAUGCGAAAUCAACAACCUGGCCGGAGCGGUCCAGUGGACCAAGGAUGGAUUUGCGCUGGGGUUUUCCACGACGAUACCGGGCUACCCGCGCUACUCGGUGCUCGGUGACCACCAGGCGGGCGUCUACAACCUCAAGAUCUCCAAUGCCUCGCUGGAGGACGACGCCGAGUACCAGUGCCAAGUGGGCCCGGCCAAAUUCAACUCGGCCAUCCGUGCCAACGCCAAGCUGAUUGUGAUAUGUAUGCCAUUCCCACCAAAGUGCAAAAUGAGAAAAAUGAGCACGGAAAUGCUUUUCUGUAUGACAGUGAUAACAGGGCUGUUUGUAGGCAGCACCAGUAGUCAGCAGCAAAAAUUUCGCAUACUUCCGAAGGACCUCCAGGUGCUGGAAGGGUCCGAAGCGUUGCUCAAAUGCGAAAUCAACAACCUGGCCGGAGCGGUCCAGUGGACCAAGGAUGGAUUUGCGCUGGGGUUUUCCACGACGAUACCGGGCUACCCGCGCUACUCGGUGCUCGGUGACCACCAGGCGGGCGUCUACAACCUCAAGAUCUCCAAUGCCUCGCUGGAGGACGACGCCGAGUACCAGUGCCAAGUGGGCCCGGCCAAAUUCAACUCGGCCAUCCGUGCCAACGCCAAGCUGAUUGUGAUAUCUCCUCCGUCAUCGAUCGAAAUCCAGGGCUACGAAAACAACUCCAAAGUGGAGGUUCGCGAAGGGCAGGACCUGACGCUGACCUGCGUGGUGGCCAACUCGAAACCGGUAGCCCAGAUCGUCUGGAGACGGGGGAAGUCCGAAGUUAAAUCAGACUCCAUCGAGAACAAAGUGAUCGAAACCGAGGGCAAACGGUACACGGUAACGUCCCAGCUCCGGAUCAAGCCCGGUGCGGCCGACGACUACAUGGGCUACACCUGCCAGGCCAAGCACAAGGCCCUGCACCCGGAGCGGCCCCUCCAGACGACGGUGCAGCUGUCCGUGCUGUACCCACCGGGAGCGCCGUACAUCGACGGGUACAAGCAGGGCGAGACGCUGCGCCGUGGCCAGAGUGUGGAGUUGAUUUGUGCCAGCCGGGGCGGCAAUCCGCCGGCCCAGUUGAUUUGGUACAAGAACGGCGUCCAGGAGCGGAUGGCCUACCGGACGUCCGAGCGGCUGUCGGAGAAUAUCUACAAGUUUACGGCGGAAGCCAGCGACAACAAGGCGGUGUUGCGCUGCGAGGCGAACAACAUCAUGGCCAAGGCACCGCUCAAGACCGAGGUGGUGCUCAGUGUGUUGUUCGCACCAACGCACGUCACCAUCUCGGGCCCAUCGGAGGCCCGCGUCGGCGACCGUGUUCCGCUGCAGUGCCAAACGGCGCCCUCGAACCCGCCGGCCGAAAUCAAGUGGAGCGUCGGUGGACACCAGGUGAAAAAUGCCACAUCCCGUACCGUCGAAAGCCCGGAAGGCGGCUGGAUCACGAUGUCGAACAUCACGGCUCCGGUGGACGCCAGCAAACGCUCGCUGGUGGUCAUCUGCCACGGACUGAACAUGCAGCUGACCGAGAACGUCGUGUCAACCCAUACCGUGAACAUAUUGCUGCCACCGAGCCCACCGAUAAUUUCCGGCUACGAGGAAGGUCAAAUCAUCCCGGCUGGAUCCGUCCAGAAGCUGGGCUGCAUGUCCACCGGAGGCAACCCCCUGGCAACGCUGACCUGGUACAAGAACGACAAGAAGGUCAACUCCGUCAUCAAGACGGCGGACAAGUCCGUUUCGGCGGAGCUCACCAUCCUGGCGAACGUAACGGACAAUCAGGCACGCUACCGCUGUGAAGCGCACAACUCGGCCACCGAAAUCCCGUUGUUCCAGACGAAGACCCUCAGCGUUCACUUUGCCCCGGAGACGGUGAAGAUAACGAUCGACCCACCCGAACUGAAACCCGGCAUCGAAGCGACGCUGAUCUGCGACUCGAGCUCUAGUAAUCCGCCGGCGAUAAUUUCCUGGUGGCGCGAUGGCAUCGCAGUACAAGGUAUAAAUAACUCGUCCAAAGCGGGCCUCUGGGGUGGCACCGUGUCGUCGCUGGAGCUGAAGGUAAACAUCACCCAGGACAUGAACGGGAACGUCUAUACGUGUCAGAGCACGAACGAGGCAUUACAGCGCAGCGUACACGAGGCAGUCAAUUUGCAAGUACUAUAUCCGCCGAAAUUUUCGCCACCGCCCUCUUCCACCGUGGUCGGCUUCGAAGGCGAAUCACUUACGGUUGGCAUGGUGGCCAACGGUAAUCCCAUGUCGAUUGCAUACACCUGGACCAAGGAAGGCCUCCCGAUUCAAACGCCCGGUGUCCAGCGAAUCGUCUCCGAGGGACCAAUCCUCAACAUCACCAAGUUGGCGCGGAGCGAUGCCGGAGUGUACACGUGCGAGGCCGUCAACUCCCAGGGCUCGGCGAUGAUUAAUAUCACAAUCGUGGUCGAAUAUGGCGCAUCGAUAAAAUCCAUCUCCGAGAACGUGGUCGUAAAUCCCGGCGAGGAUGCCAUGCUGUCCUGCACCGUUGAAGGCAAACCGCUGAACGAGGAGCACAUUCGCUGGGAACGGAUCGGGUACGACAUGACGAUAAAAACGUCGACAACGUACGCCAACGGGACGAGCUAUCUACACAUCAAGGAUGCACGGCGCGAGGAUGUUGGCAAUUUCCGCUGUAUCGCUGAUAAUCGUGUUGCGAACCCAACCAGCCGUGAUGUUUUAUUGAUUGUGAAAUUCAUCCCCGAGAUCGACAAGUCCCCGCCGAUGCUUCGUGCAGCAGCCAGCUCCGGUGAGCGUGGUCGUCUACCAUGUCGCGCCCAGGCAGCACCCCGUCCCAAGUUCUACUGGUCCCGGGCCGGUCAGAACCUCAGCGUCAACCAAACGUCCAAAUACCUGGUGGAGUACAAACACAUCGACUCGCUCACCUACGAAUCGAUCCUGCUAAUCGAACGGGUCAGCUCCAACGACUACGGAGUGUACGAGUGCAUCGCCCGCAACGAGCUCGGUAGCGUCAAGGAGAGCGUCCGUCUGGACGUGACCUCCCCACCGGAUCCACCGCUCAGUCUCAACGUUCUGAACGUAACCCACGACACGGUGACCGUCGCGUGGACUCCCGGCUUCGACGGUGGCAUGAAGGCUAACUACCGGGUGCGGUACCGGGAAGCCAACAGCGACCACUACCGCUACGAGGACAGUCUUCCAAACUCGCACAAACUGACCAUCGCCGGACUGCGAAUGAACACGCUGUACCUGUUCUCGGUGAUGGCAUCCAAUGCGCUUGGAUCCAGCAAGUACCUGCCGGACCUGACCCGGGCACAAACCAAAGACUCCCCUCCGUCCCAGCCGGCAUCGUCGCUGGGCAGUAAGCCCCCGGUCGGUGGCCCUCCGCCGUCCUCCAUAGGGGCGUCCGGGCUGCUGCUGCUGAUCGGGGUCGCGGCCGGCAUUUGUCUAGUGCUGCUCAAUAUCCUGCUCAUCGGGUGCUGCAUCCACCGGCGGACCAGCCACAAGCGAGUGAAACGGGAUUCAUCCAAUCAGAACAGCAAAUCCGCCACCAUUGAAAUGUACGCCCCAAGCUCAUACAAUGACACCGUUACAGGCGAAACCCUGUCCAGUGUGUCGGAGAAGAGCGACUCCUACUCGAACGACGGCAGCCAGCCGGACUACAUGGAUGAAACCCGCAAGAAAGCUGCAUCCACCUAUCUGGUGGAAAACUCGGAUAUGCCACCGCCUCGCUAUCAGAAGGACGGUACACUGCCACACUAUCCGAACAACAUCAACGCAGCUCACACGCGAACCCUUCCGCACCCGCGACACAACAACGUCGUGUACGAGCAGCGAAGCCGCGACGACCAGCUGCUGGGGAAGCAGAACAACUACGUCACGGCGCCGUCCCCGGGCCCGCCGAUGGAUGGGUCUUAUUACAAUAUGAACAGCGACCGAUACCUGUCCUAUCCGCCGAUGGUGAGUGGGGACUACCCCCCGAUGGAAUUUUCGACGCCCCCACUGCCAGUGAUACCGGCCCUGCCGACCAACAACGGAACCCUGCGGAGGGGAACCCGUGCCAUGGUCCCGCCACCGGACGUGACGCACCACACGCAGCACACCGUGAAAACGCUGCACGACUCGUCCGCAUCCUCGGGCCUGCUGAACAUCUCCCAAGUGUCCCAAUCGACGCCAAAGCAACCGCAAGGUAUCCUCAAAGACCCCAACAAGCGCAAAGAACAGCAGCAGCAGCACCAGCACCAGCAGUCGGGCCUUCCGCCAAGUGGGCUGAACCACCUGAACAGCAUCGGCGGUGGGCUGCAGAUGCUCGGUGUCCAGAAUCCCUCGCCUGUGCCAAUGAUGGGUGGUGGCCCACCGCCGGGCCUGGUGCCGGUCAGUGGUGCCGGUGGUGGCAGUAGUUUAGGAAACAAUUUGCUCAUCGGGGCGUACGACCCGAGCAGUACGAACCUGAGCUCGUUCAACGCGUCGCUCGGCUAUACGGACGCCGACGGACACCUAGUGUAGGCCCUUGCCCGGUGGCAGAUUUACGAUAAUAAUUACUAAAUUAGUAGUCUAGGCAACCGAAAUUCGACGAGGGGGAACUUGAAAUUCUAACAAUUCGAGAGAGAAAAAAUCGGCCGAGAUUAAAAAAACGAUUAGGUCCCGCAGAAUACUUAUGAAAGAAGGAGAAAAGGUGGGAAAGGUGAAGAAGUUAGAGGAGUCGAAAGAAGGUGAAACGGGAAGCGCAGUCAAUGCAGUCCGAGAAGAAAACAGAAACACAAAGAGAAUUAAGACAAAGAUAAUUAAAAUUAAAACAUUAAAACAAUCUUUUUAACUUUAAUGAAACACAAAAAAAAAACAAAAAACAAGUAACGGUAACGUAAUGUAUUUAACAAUUUAAUUGUUGAGUUUUAAGCGCGUGUUGAAAUGCGAGAGAGAAAGAGAAACGAAUGUGCGAACGAAUCAAUGUUGACCUAUUUUACGUUUAAGAAAGGACACAAAACGCGAUGGAAGAGGCCACUCCGUGGAGGUUUCCAUCCACGGACCAAUUUUCCACUGCGCUGCCUGUGAGGCACGUGAGAACGGGUGUGAAACGUAAGUCUUCUCCAGUUAAGUUGCUUUCGAUAAGUAGUAAGGAUCUUUUAUUGGUUUAAGUUUUUCCCUCUUUGCUAGUUUGCUUUUAUAAACCAGUUAGCGCGGUGCGCGUGCGUGCGUGUGUGUUAGUCGAUGGGAGUUCUCUCGGAUAUACGUACUUUUAUGAUUAUGUUCUUCGUGG